GGCAUAUGCUGUGAUGACUUGGGUCAAGCCAUCUCUUCCUCCUGCUCUCCCACUGUCUCCAGGCAAAGAGCACGGAGCCCACAAAAGCCUGCCUGGCCGGGGCACAGUGCUACGUCCGCAAUGUACAUUCCAGCCACACAGAUGACUGUCACAAUAGGAUGAACCCAAGCAAAGAGGAGUACAGGUGGCCAGCUCUGGAUGUUAACCAAAGGCUGGAAGCUAUACUGGGAGUGUUAUUUGAAGAAAAUAGAACAGUGAGUUUUAUGGUCUUUCAACUCACCUCAUUCCCAUCACCCCCAACUCUGUGGUAGCCUUGAAAUCCAGUGAAGACCAGCGGCCUGGCAGCUGCUGCAGGGGCCCAGUGGAGUUGCUGCUUCUUAAAUGCCCUCUUCCUGGAGAAAUGUCAUUUUGAACUGUCCGGUGGUUUCCUACAAGACCUACCAGCAAGGACUUCAACCCAUGAUGGCAGCCCCAUACCAUGGUGUGAGUUCCAGCUGUGGCCACCCAAAGACAAGCUAUGGGGCCAGAAGCCAACUGAGAAUUAUCUUAGUGGGUAAAACUGGAGCAGGAAAAAGUGCAACAGGGAACAGCAUCCUUGGAGAGAAGGUUUUUGAUUCUCGCAUAGCAUCAAAAUCCAUUACGAAGACCUGUAAGAAAGGGAGCAGGAUGUGGGAGCAAACAGAACUCGUCGUGGUUGACACACCUGGCAUUUUUGACACCGAGGUGCCAGAUGAUGACACAUGCAAGGAGAUUGCUCACUGCAUGGUUCUGACCUCCCCAGGGCCUCAUGCUCUGCUCCUGGUAGUUCCACUGGGUCGUUAUACUGAGGAAGAGUGUGAGGCCACAGAGAAGAUCCUGAAGAUGUUUGGAGACAGGGCUAGAAAAUUCAUGAUUCUCUUAUUCACCCGGAAAGAUGACUUGGAGGAUAUCAGUUUCCAUGAUUACCUAAGGGAAGCUCCAAAGCACAUGAAAGAGUUGAUGGACAAAUUUGGUGAUCGCUACUGUGUGUUCAACAAUAGGGCAACAGGUGGUGAGCAGGAGGCCCAGAGGAAGGAGUUGCUGACCCUGGUUGAGCGCAUCGUGAGGGAGAAUGAGGGAGGAUGUUACACUAAUAAGGUGUAUGAAAGGGCUGAGCAGGAGAUUCAGAAACAAACCCAGGUGCUGCAACAAUAUUACAGAGCAGAGUUGGAGAAGGAGAAAGCCCGUAUCAGAGAGGAAUAUGAAGAAAAAAUCAGAAACCUGGAAGAUAAACUGGAGCAGGAGAAGAGAAAGGCACAAAUGGAGAAGGAAUUAGCAGAAAGGGAGGCUCUCUAUUCUGCAAAGCAGCAAGAUGCUAGAAGGGAGGUUGAAAGUCAGAGUCAGAUAGUUGAAAUAAUCUUGAAAGUGUUGGAGAUUGCUUCCUCUGUUUGUGCACGUUUGUUUAAGGGAGAUAAAAUUUAAUAAAAAUUUGUAUUUUCUGCAUAUUCUCUGGCAACCUUCCCCCAUUCUACUGGUUUAUCAAACUCAGGGUGCUCUGUCUUUCUGUCACCAGGACUAAGGAGUGUAAUAAACUUCACCACUGGAAAUUGGUAGACGUUUGAUUGACUUCACAGGAAAGGGACCAAUUCUCAAUUUCUCAACCUGCAAAGUACUACAUGUUGGUGCUCACUACAUUGUGAUUUCUAACUCAGAUUCACAGAGAAAAGGAAGGCAAAAGACUAAAGAAGAUGAUCGCGUGCUGCAACUUUUUUCCUUGGCAAAUGUUUCUCUCCUAGAUUCUUUCUGGUUUGGCAGAUUCUCUCUCCUUGUAGCUGCUACUUAUAUUUGCCUUCAGGACCCUAUUAUUAGAGAGAUCAAUUAUUUGCAUUAGGUUAACCCAUAGAUGGAAAUGGUUGUAAGAUUAUUUCUAGAUAAAUGUCGAUUUGUUUAAUUACAUUUUCAUAUAAGGACUCUCAAAUUGUUCCUUGCUAUCUGCUCAUUGAAGAACAAAGACUUGUCUGGAAAACAGAUCUCUCCAAACUCAACUAACUAGGAAUCCCCAAAUACCAGAAAGGUGAAAGAGCAAGUCAACAUAUAAAAGAAUAAUGUUUGGUAUAUUUGGGUGUAUCUGCAGAAACUCUUUGACCAACUUCAAUUUAACCAAUUUGAUAACUGACUAGUUUUUUCCUUUUCUUGCUAGACAAACCUAUGGUUGUGAUCCCACCUCUCUCACUUUGAGCACUGAUUGCUUGGCAGCUUAUCUGCACACUUCUGCCUUGCCCAGCCGAAUGUUUGUUUAUUGUUAUUAUAAAAAAAAUUUUCUAUUAUAAAAAAAAUUUGUGCAAAAUUGAAAUCUGUUUUUUCCUGGAAAAUACCACUUCUACUCUAUAAGGAAAUUAUAUUAUAUAAUAUAAUUAUGUAAUAAUUUUAAAAAGUGAACACGGGGGAAAAAUAAAGUCUGUAUUGUUUCCACAAGCAUUGAAGUGCUCAGUCAGAUAAAGAUACAUAGGGGAUUUCUAUUUUUCAAAAUAUUAAUGAGAUAGAGCUAUAUUAAUGAUAUUUAUAAAUUCUUCUUGAGAUAAUAGUUACCUUUGUAGGAAAAAUGAUCAAACAAGCUUGUGGAAAUGAGUUACUAGAGACUAUAUAAGUCAAUGGCUUCCUGUGGAAGUAUUUGGAAGCAGCCUGCAUGACAAAAUUAAACAUAGACAGCAUUUAGAACAUAAGGAGAACUGUAAAAUUUUUAUUUUUUUUAAGGUUUUUUUUCUUUAAGGUUUUUAACAUUUCAUUUUUUUUAAGAUUCAGAUUAAUAGGAGGAUAUAUACUAUAUACAAUUAGGUUAUAUAGUUUGCUUUUGUAAGGUUAAAAUCUGAGUUACAGUUGUGUCUUUUACCCAGGAAGUGUGCCACAUACCUGUGCAAUGUACCUGUUGAGUGGGAACUUGUCCAUCCCUUUCCCUUCCCUAGUUGAAAUUUAACUGAGUUUUUCUCUCAUAUGAGCAUGUAGUUGUUAACCUACUAGUUUCAAUUUAGUACGGAGUACAUGUGAUUCUUGUUUUUCCAUUCUCAUAAUACUUUGCCUAGGACAAUGUUCUCUAAAUCUGUUGUUACAAAAGAUACGCAAUCUCUAUCUUCUUAAUAGCUGAAUAUAAAUACUAUAUUUAUAGCUGAAUAAAUAUAGUAUUCCAUGGUAAAUAUACACCACAAUUUAUUACUUCAUUCUUGUGCUGAAAGGCAUUUGGAGUGUGUCCACAUCUUUGUGAUUGUGAAUUGUGCUUCUAUAAACAUUCAAGUGCAAAUACCCUUAUGGUAAAAUAUCUUUUUUUCUUUUGGGUAGAUACCUACUAAUAGGAUUGCAGAAUCUAUUUUUAGUUCUUUGAUGAAUAUCCAUACCUCUUUCCAUAGAGGCUAUAUUAGUCUGUAGUCCAACCAACAGUGCAGGAGUGUUUCUUUCUCUCUGUACCCACACCACCAUCUGUUGCUUUGAGACUUUGUGAUGUGGGCUGGGGUUAGUUGAUAUCUCAAAGAGGUUUUGAUUUGCAUUUCUUUGAUGGUUAGAUUUGAUGAGCAUUUUUUUCAUGUGUUUCUUGGCUAUUCAUUUAUCUUCAUGUGUACAGUUUCUGUACAUGUCUC